AGCUGCUGAGCGCCGGCCCCACGGAGCCCUGGUCCAUCCGCGAGAAGCUCUGCCUGGCCUCGUCCGUCAUGCGCAGCGGCGACCAGAACUGGGUCUCGGUCAGCAGAGCUAUCAAACCCUUUGCAGAGCCAGGCCGCCCACCUGACUGGUUUUCCCAAAAGCAUUGUGCCUCUCAGUAUUCAGAGCUCUUGGAGACUACAGAGACCCCCAAGAGAAAACGUGGUGAAAAGGGAGAGGUUGUUGAAACUGUGGAAGAUGUUAUUGUGCGGAAACUGACUGCAGAACGAGUUGAAGAAUUGAAGAAAAUGAUUAAAGAAACACAGGAGAAAUACAGGCAGCUCAAGAAGGAUGCAGAGCUGAUCCAGGCUGGACAUAUGGAUAAUAGACUGGAGGAGCUGUGCAAUGAAAUUAUGAUAAAGAAAAAAAUGGAGGAGGAGGAGGCAGAAGUGAAGAGGAAGGCUACAGAUGCUGCCUAUCAGGCUCGUCAAGCCAUUAAGAAUCCCCCACGACGACUGACGGGUGUGAUGGUCCGUUCCCCUGCGGGUUCUACCUCCCCAGGGGGAGAAUAUGCUCUGGGGGACCUGUCUCAGCCUGCCGUGGACGAGGCCAGCCCUGGGGUCACUCCAGGGACAUUGCCCAGCACCCCAGUUGCCACCUUCAUUGGAAUCCCUGACACCCCUCCAGGCUCUGCUCCCCUGGAUGCCCCUAUGACCCCAGUCACUGAUGAUUCACCCCAGAAAAAGAUGCUAGGACAAAAAGCAACUCCGCCUCCUUCCCCUCUGCUCUCAGAGCUGCUGAAGAAGGGCAGUCUCCUGCCCACAAGCCCCAGGCUGGUUGGUGAGAAUGAAAUGGCAGUGGCUUCUGGCCACAUGAACAGCUCAGGAGUCCUCCUGGAGGUAGGAAACGUCCUUCCAGUGCUGCACAGUGCGGAAAUGCAGUCGGCACCUGGUGCUGUCCCUGCAUCUCCUGCUGCUUCAGGUGCUCCUACGCUUUCCCGGCUUUUAGAAGCUGGUCCUGCACAGUUCACCGCACCUCUUGCUUCCUUCUCCGCUGUUGCCAGCGAACCUCCAGCUAAGCUUCUACCACCCCCAGUAGAGCCUGUGCCUCAGGCAACCAUUGUCAUGAUGCCCACGCUGCCAGUACCAUCCGUUGUGCCACCAGCUGCCACUGCAGAAAGCAUAGCGACAGUGAGCCAGCCGGAAGCCUGUGUUUCCAUGGAGGCCGUGUCUGAUUCCCAUACAGUGACAGUGUCCAUGGACAGCAGUGAAAUAUCCAUGAUCAUUGAUUCAAUCAAGAAAGAAUGCCUGGGUUCUGCAGCCGGCAGCACUGCAGGGCCUUCCAAAGAUCACUGCAUGGAUGGGAAAGAAGACCUGGAUUUAGCUGAGAAGAUGGAUAUUGCAGUGUCCUAUACCGGGGAAGAACUGGACUUUGAUACUGUUGGAAACAUUAUAGCCAUCAUAGAGGACAAGGUAGACGACCAUCCUGAAGUCCUGGAUGCAGCAGUUGUUGAAGCUGCUCUGUCUUCUUUCUGCGAAGAUACUGAUGACCCUCAGGCCCUGCCUGGCCCAUGGGAACACCCAAUUCAUCAGGAGCAUGAGAAACAGGCCCAGAUACCCCAAGUGUCUGUGACUGUGAAGCAGGAAAGACUGGAAUGUGAGGAGCCAGAAACGAAGGGAAUUCGAGAGUUAAUGGGCAUUGGAGAGCUGGGAUCAGAAAUAAAGACAGAACCUGCAGAGCAGGAGCAAAAUCAGCUGGGCCCUGAGGAACCCAUACCAGUGACUGCGAGAGCAACGGAAACGCCAGAGCUURGGAGUCAAGAGAUAGAAGAGGAUCAAAGAGCAUCUGUGACAGCAGGAGAGAGUUCUGAAACUGAGAUAGAGUCAGCCAAGGGAGAAGACCCAGUGUCCAAUACAGUGAAGACRGAGACCCCACCUGAUGAUGAUUCAUCCCCUCCACAAGUCCCAAAUGUGAGUGAAGACUCCUCACAGGCUGAUGUUCAGCACAAAUUUGAGCUGUCAGAGUCAUUGAAGGAAGAGGCCCAAGCCCUGUUCAGGAGUCAGAUGAAGGAUGGGCAGGGUGAAGAGGAUGAUGAGGAUGGUGCCAGCGAGGCUGCCAGUUUGGAGGAGCCCAAAGAAGAAGAUCAGGGUGAGGGAUAUCUAUCCGAGAUGGAUAAUGAGCCCCCCGUGAGUGAGAGCGAUGAUGGCUUCAGUGUCCAUAAUGCACCAUUGCAGUCUCACACGCUAGCUGACUCCAUCCCCAGCAGCCCUGCCUCCUCGCAGUUGUACGUCGAAGGCAGAAUAAACCAUAUGGUUUCUGCUUCAAGCAAUGUGGAGACUCCUGAAAGAAAGUUCCAUUCUUUUCUUCUCAGCUCUGUGUGCAGUGAGGACCAGGAAGCUAUACAGGCCCAGAAGAUCUGGAAGAAAGCCAUCAUGCUAGUUUGGAGAGCAGCAGCAAAUCACAGGUAUGCCAAUGUCUUCCUGCAGCCUGUGACUGACGAUAUUGCGCCGGGGUACCACAGUAUUGUGCAGAGGCCAAUGGAUUUAUCUACCAUUAAGAAGAACAUUGAGAAUGGGCUGAUACGAACCACAGCAGAGUUCCAGCGUGACAUUAUGCUGAUGUUUCAAAAUGCAGUUAUGUACAACAGCUCUGACCAUGAUGUGUACCACAUGGCUGUGGAGAUGCAGCGAGAUGUCCUGGAGCAAAUCCAGCAAUUUCUGGCCACACAACUGAUCAUGCAAACAUCAGAGUCUGGGAUCAGUGCAAAGAGCCUGCGUGGGCGAGACUCCACUCGCAAACAAGAUGCUUCAGAAAAGGACAGUGUCCCAAUGGGCUCUCCUGCCUUCCUUCUCUCUCUCUUUGUAAGUAUUGAAAGGCUGCAGCAGACACUGGGGUGCUGCUGUCGCUGGGCUCUGCUCCUUGCCUCRGUGAUCACUGCACUGAUCCUUAGCAUUGCAGCAAUGUGUCUUAACUGUACAACCAUGGGCAUUAGAGAAGAAACUUCUCAGUCCCUCGUGCUCCGCGUGGGUGAGAGGGAUGGGCUUGCUUCUGGUUCCAAGUGUUCUUGUUUUGUCAUCUGCCAUUGCUGUUUUCCACAACUUCUCUCCUGCUUUCUUUCCAUGUAAGCGGGAAGACAGAUCAAGUGCAGCACUAUAAUUCUGACAUCUCUCAUGCUAAUACAGCUGCCCCUUUCUCAUGUCCAAGAAAGAACACAGGGGGCUGGGGAAAGUGAGAAAUGACUUGUAUACUGUUUUAUGGUUCAGAAAACAAAAGAUAUCCAACAGAAAUGUCCUGAUCUGUGCCUGUGGUGAUCUGGAUGCAUUUGGAGAGCUAACCCAAGACUUUUGAAUGUGGGAAGGAGAGAAGGGAGGAAGAUGGAGAGAUUUUUUUUUUUCUCGCAUAUAUCUAAAGACAGAGGAGUACUCCAGGAGAGUCAGCAUGUCAGCCAGAGGGAGAGGGCAGCGGAUGAAAGGAAGCUCUCAUUUCACCUUCCACUCUUGGAGAGGAGCUGUGCGGAGAAGCUAGGGAGCUAGUGCCAGGGUCACUCAACUGGAGGAUCACUUCCCAUAGGGAUCAGCAGCUGAUAAGGUAGGUUAGUCAGCAGUUUCCUCUUCCCAUCUUAAGAACCCAGUUAGAAUCUGUCACUUGGGAGAAAACCUGCACUUGUGCAGGCUCUAAAAACAUCCAAGGCCAGAGAGGGCCUUGUUGCCCCUUUCUGUCC